AUGCCCUCGAACAAAAUCGACACUCACAUUCACAUCGUAACCCCGGCGCUGGCCAAGGCCAUUCGCACUGCGGGAGGAGACCCAUCUGGAUGGCACGUUCCUGAAUGGUCCCCGGAGCUUGCCGUGGGCGCUCUGAAUGAUCUCGGAAUCGAAAAAGCGAUCUUUUCCAUCACUGCUCCUGGACCGAGCGUGCUGGGAAGCGGCAUCGAGGCUCGAAAGGCCGCCAGGGAGAUCAAUGAAGAAUGUCUGGCUGUAGUAAAGUCAAACCCCAGCCGAUUUUCUCUAUGGGCUUCCACACCGAGCUGGAUUGAUGUGGAGGGCACAAUAGAAGAAAUCGAGUGGGCCAUCGUCAAGAAUCACCUGCCUGGUGUUGUCAUCAUGAGCAGCUACGCAGACCGCCUUCUUGGAGACGAUCUCUUCCAACCCAUUUGGAAGCGUCUCAAUGAGCUCAAGGCAAAUGUCUUUAUCCACCCAGCUGCUAUCAACAUUAAGCCGAUGAUGAUUGCCAAUCGUCUUCCUCAACCUUGGGUAGACUACCCGGUGGCUACCACCCGCACUGCUGUUGACCUGGUGCUGACAGGUACAGUGACGAGGCACCCGGAUGUCAACAUCAUUCUUUCCCACGCAGGUGGGACGCUACCCUUCAUCGCCACUCGUGUCAUGUGGCUCACCAGAAACGAGGAGUUUCAUGGUCGUUCGGGAUUUCUCUCUUCAGAAGAGACCAAGAAGGCUUUUCAAAAGUUUUACCUCGAUCUGGCACUUAGCACGAGCAAAACACACGUCACUGGCUGUCUCGAAUUCACCACCCCAGACAAGAUCCUAUACGGCUCUGACUGGCCCUAUGCGCCCCUGCACACGUGUCAGAGUAUGACGGACACCUUUGACAAAUUUGUAAACACGCAAGAGGGUGAAGUCCUCCUUGCGGCUGCCCGCGACAACGCCGUUCGCCUCCUUGGUAACCGACUCUAA